CGCAUUUGUAACGCGCACGAAGGCAUCCUUUGAAUGUAUGGCGGCGCCGUUUGUGUGGAUUAUGCGUCAACGUUUCUGUCCUGGUUAUGGAAAUACUUAUGAUUCAUGCGAAUAUAAGUAGAUAAUAAACUAGUUUUUUGGAUUAGGGAUAUAUUUUUAAAGAAGUAGCGAUAGAAUUAGGUGUUGUUACAUGUCGUACGGAGCUAAAUAGCUAGCUUAGCUACAUGCAUUAAGGCCUAAUUGGGAGCUGGGCACGUUUUAGGAAGCAGCCUUGUGCUAGAUAUUAGUGUUUAUUUACAUGUGCAUGCUCUAGCAUUGUGUUUAUAGUCGGUUCAUCUGCUUUGAAAUUAUAUAGUGAGGUUGUGCAAACAUGGUAAAUGACCUGAGCAUUGGCUGAUGAUGAUGAUGAUGAUGAUGAUGUGGACCUGCUAAUUUAGAACUUGAUCUCUGAAGGCUUUACUCUGAAGGUCCACCUUCCUCUGAGCUGAAGUUUUACCUCCUACAACAGCAGCAAACAUGACCGGCAUCCAAUCCAGAGAUGAGUCAGUUGGAGACAGUUCUGAUGAUGAACCUCUGAGUAAAAUGGUGAAACCUGGCAAGAAGUGUUCAGAAGACACACCCUCGGAUAUCAUGGAAGAUGCUUCACCGAAGAAAACUCUCAAAGAGCCGACCUCUACUGCGGAUGAGUGUCCUGGACACAGCUCUGAUGACGAGCCUCUGAGCAAACUGAUCGAAUCAAAGGGGGCCAAGCGCUCAAGUAAAGAGCAAGAGACUGCUGCAGGGAAGCUGUCGGAUUCUGAAGAGGAUCAGCCGCUGACGAUGAUCAUCAAGAAGAAGAAGAAGCAGCAGAAGGCUGACACAGAAGAGCCUGACGAUGCCAAGAAGACCAGAAGCCCAAAAAAGCGUAAAGCUGUGACGAAGGCCUCGAAGCUCAGAGAGUCAUCACCGUCACCAUCACCGUCACCAGUGAAGGUCUCACAGAGAAGAGGACGAAAAGGUAAGGACAACUCAAAGAAGAAAGCAUCGGCACAUUCCCCAGCUGUGAACACGACGCCUAAAAGGAGAGGACGUGCAAAGAAAGAAGGAAAAACUCUGUGUAGCGACAGCUCGGACGACGAGCCCUUGAGCGAGGUGGUGAGGAAGAAGAGCGAGCCGGAGAUGAAGCAGGCGGUGGUGCUGUUAGAGAGGAUGUCCGAACGAGACGUUAUGGACGCAGUGGCACGGGGACGCACACACAGCCAAGAGCAGAAAAGUACAACCAGAGCAGAGAGUGCAGCAGAGAGCUCAGAUGAGGAGCCUCUGAGUCAUAAGAUGAAGAGACUGAAAGAGCAGAGCAAGGCUGCGAGAGGCAGAAGACCAGCGGCAGAUGCCAGUUCAGAUGACGAGCCUUUGGUGAGGAAAGUAAAAACAGCAAAGGUGAAGGAUAAGUUUAGAAAGAGAGCCAACGGAGAAGAGGACACAGUCAAACAAGAUAAAGAGCUGAGCGAGGAGGACGAGCGUCCACUCUGAGCCUGGCAGCAGCCGCACACAACACAACACAUCUCGCACAUGAAUUGAACAGAAGAAAUGAGAAGAGGACUCGCUUCUUUCACCGUUCUGUGAUCAGUAGUUCUGUGCUUCAUUCCUGUAUUUAUUUAUAGUAACAUCGCAUUUUUUUCAUGCCGACUUUAAUUUUGAACUCCUAAACCCUGAAAUGUGAAUCCCUUUCACACCAUGACGCAUUGAAAAGCUUGAAGUAGUUUCUUUUAUAUUGUUUUAGCAUUUUAUAUUUUGUAUGGUCUUAACCAGGCUUCGGCCUUUUACAUUGUGUACGCUGCUGUUUUGAUUUGUAUUUAAAAAAAAAAAAAAGUCACUAAAUGUAAUUUACUUAGUUUCUAGGAAGGAACAUAACAUGAAACCUGUUUUUAAUAAUAAUAUUGAUGUGUACACAAGUAUGAAACACAUGAGUGUGAGAGGUAAAUGUGGAGAACGAUGUACAGUAGUUUUUUUUUUUUUUUUUUUUUUUUUUUUUUUUUUUUGAUGGCAGUCGACUUAGUUUCUUGUGAUUAAUGUGAUUUUACCGGAUUGUUGGAACAAAUGAAAGGUUCCUGCUGUCAGUACAAUCAAAAGGCUUUAAAAAAAUAUUAAAUCUGUGACUUUGUAAUGAAAA